AUGAAUGUAAAAAAUUAUAUAUUACGUAAACUUGUUGGCGAUUCAUCAAACACAUUGACAGUUGAAUAGGUUUAGAGAAUACUAGAAUCACAAAAGGAUGAUGAUAGAAUAUUUAGGUAAAAUGACAUAUGCGAAAUAGAGCAAUUAUUAAUUCAUCAUUAUCUAAUUAAAAACUACAGACAACCAAUUCUGAUUUCCUUAUUAAUUCUUCAACUGAUUUUGGCAAUCUAUUGUUGAACUAACUGCAAUCCAGUUUAGUAAAUAUACUAAUCCAUAUCAUCAUUUUAGUAAUCCAUAAAAUCAAAGAAUUAACUUUUAUCCAUAGACUAGUAUCCUAUAGACAUCAAUUAGUUUAAUAAUGACAUAUCACAAACUGAUUUAAUUAAAUAAUAACUAUAGCACAUCUAUCGAUUAUACAAAGCUACUAUUCGUUAAAAUGGUGAUGGAUUAAAAGAAAUAUUAAACUACCUUGCUAAUUUAAAUCAUACAGAAUAAAUUAUUGAAUCAUAAUAUGCAUAAUAAUGUAUUCUAAAAGCACCACAGUAUAUUCAAGGAAUAGAUUAAAUUAAAAUAUGGUGUGAUAAAAGUACAACUCUACAUUAGACUGUAACUGAAACUAGAUAACUAUUGUAAUAAAGUAGAAAUUCAUCAUUAAAAAAAUAAUUGGAAAUAGUUGAGAAAUACAAAUCCAUUUAAAGAAUUAAAUAUACAUUAGAAAAAUUAAUGAUAUUAAAAUAGACUUUUGGUUAAUUGGCUUAAACAAUGAAUAAAUAUGAUGAUAAUGCAUAUGAAAUCAUACCUAUCAUGAAAGAAACAUAAAACAACAUUAAUAAAUAUAAAUUGAAUGAAUUGAAAUUAUUAUGCAUUAGUGAUAAUUUUUUUGAAAAUAAAAUAGAAUCUUUAAAAGAAAGAAUAAAAUAAGGCAUUUUAGCUAAUUUUAUGAAAUUUGAUGAAAAAAAAUACUAUUCACUUUUGAAAAGUUAUUAUUUUAUUGAAAAACAUUAUCAAAUGUAAUCUUAUAUAACUUAAAUCUGGGCAUUAGCAAAGAAAAGUAUUAGUGUAACAUUUAAAAAUGCAAUAAAAUUAUUUGAAUAAUCUUAUAUUCCUAAUAAAAUCUAUUAAAAUUGUUAAGAUGAAGAUUUACUAUAAUUCUAUAAAUUACUAUAUAGUGAAUUAAUAGAACAAAUGCUAAAUUUUCAUUAUUGCAAUAGAUUUCAUUAAGAAAAUGAAUUUAAACUUGAAGAGGAAGAAAGUCAUUUUAAAUUUGAAGAAUAUACUGAAUAGAUUAGAUAAUCAUAUUUAGAAAUGAGAUAAUUAAUAUGGUAAUAAAUUCAAAAGAAACUUGUUAAAAUCAUUACUGCUCAUUUAAUAAAUAUUAAAUCUUUAGUUAUUGAAUAAUUAAUAUACUUUUUAGGUUAUAAUUGCUUAUUAAUUAAAAGGGCUGAAGAUUUUAGUCAUUCUGAUUCAUAAAAGUAUGCAUAUAAAUAAUAUUUAGUUUGACUAAAUGCAUUAUUGAUAUCUAUAUGAGUUUUGUUUAAUAGUUUCAUAAAGCAAAUCUAAAAUCAAUAAGUACAUAUUUAUAAAAUGAAUUAUACUAAAGAUUGCCUUUAACUAAAGAUUCUAAGUUAAAUUAAUAAUUAGAAUAAUUAACAAAUUUAAAUUAAGUAAAUAAAAAGCUUUUUGAAUAUUUAAUUGAAAAAAGGGAAGAAAACUAUUAAUAAGAAAUAAAGAAAACAAUUGAUUUUUAAGAUUUGAUAAAUAAUGAUAAAGAGAUGCAAUUAUUUUAUUUAUUUGAAUACCAAAAUCCUUUUGUACUUUAAUAAGAGGAGUUUGAUCUAAUUAUUAAAGCUAUUUGGAUAAAAAAGUAUACAACUUAAUCCACUGGAAUUUUGAAUUAAAUUGAAUCAGUUUUAUCAUCAUCUAGUAUAAGAAUUUUGGAAUUACUUCCAUAAUAUGCAUUACUUUCCUUCUAUCAUCCUUCAUGUUAAUAAUAAAUUAUUAGUAAUUUUCUAUAAUUACUUGAACUCUAUAUGUUUGUUUCUUAUAAUUAAUUAGUUGGGAUGAAUUAAUAAAAAUAAUUAUUAGAAAAUUUUGCUUAAAUAAUAAAGUUUGAUGAAAGUAAAGAAAUCGAUUUUUAUGUCCAAACAUAUGAUUCAUUUAGUGAUUGUUUAGUUAUUUAAGAAAGAUUUUGUUAAUUUAAAAGGUUUAUCUAAAAAUUUUAUAAAGAAGGAAUUGAUUUUAAAGAAAUAGAUAUAUUUUAAUCAAAAGAAAAAAAAUAAUUUGUUGAUAUUGCAGAAAGAGCCAUAGCAUCAGAAUCUUUAGCCUAUUUACUUUAUUAAACUAAAUCAGUAUUCUCCCUAAUUGGAAUAACAUCAUAAAAUUUUGAUAUUUUUAAAGAAGUUUAUAAUCAAUAUAAAGAGUUCAUUUAUAGAAAUUUUGUGUAAACUUAUAUUAAGAUUGAUGGUAUUGUAUAAUAUGUACCUCAAUAAAGAUGGGAUCUUAAAGAUUUACAUAAUGAAAAUAAUAAUAUUUAUUUGGAUAGAUUGAUUUAAUUUAUACUUGAUUAAAAAGAAAGAUUAAAAAGCAUUGGAGGAGGUGUUAUACCACCUAAUGCUCAAAAGGAUAUUUUUUCGUUUUUGGCAGAACAUUGUUUAAAUAUAUUAUUAGAAACUUAUGGAAAAAUAAAAAAAGUAAAAUAUAUUUAAUAAAUAAUAGUUAAAUUCAAUAGGAAGAGAUUAAAUGAUUUUUGAAUAUACUACUUGUUGUUAAUCAAUAGAAUCAAGUUAAAAAAAUAAUAAAGAAGUUGUGCUUAAUCCAAAAAUCACUCUAAUGUAAUUAGAAUACUUGAAAGUUUUUAAUUCUUAAUAAUAUGAAGAGAUUGAUUAGUAUAUUCAAAAAUCGAAAGUAAAUAUUUUGUUAUAAUCAUUUUUAGACUUUAAUUCCAUUAAGAUUGUUGUAUAAUUUGAUGAAUUCUAGUUCAAGUUAUAAUAAAUUAUCAAAAUAACAGAAAAAAGAUAUAUCAAUCAAAUUUUUUAAAGAUUAUUAUGAUACAUUUAAAUUAUUUUGA